AUAACUUUUUUUCAUUACUUUCAAUAUGCUCCGAAAAAUUUGUUAAGAGAAUCAUGCAAUGAUCCACCUUUUAUGCCGAACCUUUUGCUUUAUUUCACAUUUAUAUUUAUCUUCAACAAUUUUACUAUGCAACAUUUAUAGCAAAAUUAUCUCAAGAAGGGAGAAGAUGGAAAAAGAAAAUAUACAUGGUCCUCAACAUUUUGAUCUGAAUACUGGUGCAAAUAUACCAUCAGUUGGUCUUGGAACAUGGAAAGCUUCUCCUGGUGUUGUUGGUGAUGCUGUUGUUGCUGCAGUCAAGGCUGGCUACAGACAUAUCGAUUGUGCUCGGGUAUAUGAUAAUGAAAAAGAGAUAGGCGAGGCGUUGAAGACACUGUUUUCUGCUGGGGUUGUACAGCGUGGUGAAAUGUUCAUCACAUCAAAGCUAUGGAUUAGUGACUGUGCACCUGAAGAUGUCUCGAAGGCACUGGCUAGGACUCUAGAAGACCUGCAGCUUGACUACAUCGAUUUAUAUCUGAUACACUGGCCGUUUAGGACGAAGUCGGGAUCAAGGGGUUGGGACCCUGAGGUCAUGGUUCCCUUAUGUCUUUCAGAGACAUGGAAUGCAAUGGAAGGUUUAUUCGCCUCAGGUCAAGCACGUGCGAUUGGUGUCAGCAACUUUUCAACUAAGAAGCUUCAAGACUUACUCGGAUAUGCUAAGAUUCCGCCAGCAGUUAACCAAGUUGAAUGCCAUCCUGUUUGGCAACAACCAGCUCUUCAUAAUUUGUGCAAUUCUACUGGUGUUCAUCUCACGGCAUAUUCUCCUCUCGGUUCUCCAGGAUCAUGGGUUAAGGGAGAAAUCUUGAAGGAACCAAUUUUGAUUGAAAUUGCUGAAAAACUUAACAAGUCUCCGGCACAAGUGGCUCUAAGGUGGGGUAUCCAAAGUGGUCACAGUGUCCUUCCAAAGAGUGUAAAUGAAUCUAGGAUCAAAGAGAAUCUUAGCUUAUUUGAUUGGUGUAUCCCUCCAGAACUCUUCUCAAAAUUCUCACAGAUUCACCAGCAAAGGCUACUUAGAGGGGACUUUGCAGUCCAUGAAAGUUGUAGUCCAUACAAAAGUCUUGAAGAUUUGUGGGAUGGAGAAAUAUGAAAUGGAGAUAAUUUGCAUUGCUAUUUUGACUAAAGAUAUGUUCAUUUCUCUUCGUGAGGGAUUUAUGUGAAUACUGAAUAGGUAGAUAUAUUAGCCGAAGAAAACAUUUAUAAUUUCGUUAUGAUGAGGCCUUCAUUUAAGAUAGUUUCUCAAUCCGCCCCCACAUAUGCUCAAAUAUGCCAAAAUACACUACCGGAAACAUGCUUCCUGUAAGCCCUGGCGUUUUUGGGUGGACGGAUUGAGAAAUUAUGUUCGUUUAAUCAUUUUCCUUUAAUCCAUGAAUUUGUUGUUUCAUCGGAAGAAAAGCGGAUAGAAAACAACUGAUCAAUAAACUAGAGAUAACUGAGAAAUAACAGAUUUUUUUUACAACAUA